ACCCUAAAAAUUCCAUUUGCCUACUGCGCCUCACACUCUCUCAUCCCCACACCAAAACCAAAACCCAACAAACACAAUGCCGCCGAAGUUGGACCCGACCGCGAUCGUCGACGUCUACGUCCGCGUCACCGGAGGCGAAGUCGGAGCCGCCAGCUCCCUCGCCCCCAAGAUCGGUCCCCUCGGUCUCGCCCCGAAGAAGAUCGGAGAAGACAUCGCCAAGGAGACCGCCAAGGAGUGGAAAGGCCUCCGCGUCACCGUCAAGCUAACGGUCCAGAACCGUCAGGCGAAAGUCACGGUGGUUCCGUCAGCCGCGGCGCUCGUCAUCAAGGCGUUGAAGGAGCCGGAGAGGGACCGGAAGAAGGUGAAGAACAUCAAGCACAACGGGAACAUUUCGUUUGACGAUGUGAUUGAGAUCGCGAGGAUCAUGAGGCCGAGGUCGAUUGCCAAGGAGCUGAGUGGGACCGUGAGGGAGAUUCUCGGGACGUGUGUGUCUGUUGGGUGUACUGUUGAUGGGAAGGACCCCAAGGAUCUUCAGCAGGAGAUUCAGGAGGGUGAGAUUGACAUCCCUGAGAACUAAGGCAUCAAGAAAAGAAAGAUGUUGUUUUGUCUUAUUGUUAGAUGCUAUCUUGUUUUCAAUUACAAUGACUCGAGUUUUGGAUUAUUAUUAUUAUCUCCGUUUAAGUGGUUUAUCAUUUUGCGAUU